GCCCACUCCACAACCACGCAAAAUGCCGCGGCCGAAGCGCAACCUCCACGCAACAGUCGAAGACACGCUCACACCUCUUUCCAUCCUGCCCUCCACCCAGGUCAUCGCGCGCAUCACCAAAGCCGCCGGCAACAAUCUCUACAACGCCGAAUGCGCAGACGGAAAGCCCGUCCUCGUCGAGCUCGAAGCGAAAUUUCGCUCCACGAUAUGGAUAAAGCGGGGUAGCUACGUGGUAGUGGACAUGAAGGCACUGGCGGAGAGGGAGAACAAGCUAGAUGGAGAGAUUGUGAACGUGGUGAGGGACGAGAAAGCGUGGAGGAAGAUGGGUUAUUGGCCUGUGGAAUUCGCAAAGAAGUCGUCCUAUGAUGAGGACAGCGACGAGGAAUCGAACGUCGGGAAAAUGCCGCCAGCGGAUUCGGAUGAAGAAUGA